AUGUUUAAUACCAAAUGCUUAUUUUUAUUUUUAUUUAUUUAUCGCAAGAAUUUAGUGGAAUCCGCCGAUACAUCAGCUGGUGCAAGUUUAAGCCAUGGACCAGCACCUGCUCCAACAACUGCUGGUUCCGAUACACACUUGGGAGAUGCUGAAGAGGCUGAAGGUGUUUUUAGAUCUACUGCUGAACUUAAACUAUUUAAGGAUGACAGCAAUGGCAAUGCAGUAAAAAUGGAAGAUAAUGAUUUCUUUGCAGAUUAUUACUUGGGCUUUCUCACUUACGCCUUUAAACCGGAUUUAAUGUGCACAUUGGUCAAGUUUGGAGUUAAGGAAGUGUGGAAGAAGGGAGAUCACAGAGUUGAAGAACCUAAGUCUGUGACAUACGACUCCAUUUUGCGGGAAGUUACUGUACGUGAUAACAAAAGGGCACUGAUUUAUAAGGAUACUUUAACAGGCGGAUGGAGGCUUGUUAACACCAUUGUUAGAUCAGAAAGAUUUAAGACUGUUAAAGCACAAAUUCAUAAGGAACCAGCAUCGGGAUCACUGAGGUCCCGUUUAUCAUCUUAUGACUUAGAACUUGGGGAUUUUCUGAAUGAUUCAACAGGAUCGGGUGAAGGCACAGAGGAUUCCUACGAGCCAUUUAGAGUUACGUCCGAAGAUGGUGAUGCUUGGGAAACAAGUGGUGGUAAUCGACUACGGUCCUCUACUGCUGGAGAUGGUGUGCCUGAUAAAUUAAGUGUAAAUUCAUCUACCGAAAUUGAAUUAGUUAAGGAUCUGACUUGGGUUAUGACUCUCACAAAGGGGCUGAUAAUGGCCACUGAGGAUGUUGAGGAAAAGUUGUACUUGUUCUUUCAGCCGAAAGAAGUGGUGGAGAUGGACCACAAACUACUCCGCCAGUCAAUGGCUCUGGUUUUAAUUCAGAUGAACCACUUAAAAAUUACUUUAGAGAACAUGGCGCUAGAGAUAAUAAAGCAAACAACUCCAAGCUUUCAUGCAAAUUCCGAAAUAUUAGUUCAGAACUAG